AUCGACUCUCACCAUGUCUCCAACACGCACCACGUCAAUAGUAGGCGGCUAAAACUUCCCCAGCUUGUUAGCUUGAGGUAGCAUACAACAACAGUAUUGUCCUGCUUAUUAGAAACGCGGACCUGCUUUGAAAAGGGCCAACAAUGUAAUCGUUUAAUUAUUUUAAGCUUGCUAAUGAUGAACUCCAUGUCAUCGGCCUUGCAUUCGGCUUCAAGCCCAGCAUGCAGAGCUCUACCCGGGGAAGGAAGUCAGGUCCAGCCCAAGGCUCCACUGCUGCAGAUUCUUCGGGUAGCUGGAGCUCAGGAGGAGAUUUUCACUCUGAAGGAGGUAAUGCACUACCUUGGCCAGUACAUCAUUGUGAAGGAAUUAUAUGACAAACAGAGGCAACACAUUGUCCAUUGUCAAGAUGAUCCCCUUGGGGAGCUGCUGGAAGUGGAAAGCUUUUCUGUCAAAAGCCCCAGCCCUGUCUAUGAGAUGCUGAAGAGGAACUUGCUCAUUUUAAAUGGCUCGGACGCGGCAAAGAAUGUUUCAGUCGGCAAGGAUUCUAUGUCUCCAUGUGAAGAUCCCGGGCAGGUGUCCAGCAAGAUGUGUAGCUCUGGAACAUCCUGCAGUGAUGCCAGUACCUGUGCCAUGCAGAAUUCGUCUCAACGAAGACCGCGGGAUGAAGAGGACGACUCUUUAGAUGGGAUGCCAAGGUCAGCCUGUAAGCGGCCAAAGCUGGAUGUGAGUCUUGAAGAAUGGGACCUGUCCGGCCUGCCUUGGUGGUUUCUGGGUAAUCUGCGCAGUAAUUACACACGCAGGAGCAAUGGAUCCACAGAUAUCCACACAAAUCAACUUCUUUGUAAACAGGAGGAGGACACUGCUGUUGUGUCAGACACCACGGAUGACCUGUGGUUUCUGAAUGAGGCAGAGAGCGAGCAGGUUAGUGUGGAAAUGAAGGAAGCAGCACUUGAACAAGGCAGUGACUCAGAGUCUCCUCAGGAGGAAGAGGAGCAAGGGAGGGGCAGUAAAGAGGACAAGGAGAUGCAGGAGGAGCUAGAUGAUGACUCGCAGUGUCUCAGUGAUGAUACAGACACCGAGAUCUCCACUCAGGAUGCCUGGCAGUGCUCAGAGUGCCGCAAGUUUAACUCUGCCACACAGCGCUACUGCAUGCGUUGCUGGGCACUCCGCAAGGACUGGUACAAGGACUGCACUCGACUAGCACACUCUGUUUCUGUCCCGGAACUCCCAGAUCCCAAAGACGAAAACGAGGAUGAGGAUGAUGGCAUCGACGUGCCUGACUGCCCAAGAACCGUUUCAGACCCUGUCAUCCUGCCCUCACAUUGGGUAUCCCGUGAUUUACCUGCCUCGCCCGUGUCCGCUAAGGGCAAAGCCCCACGACGGGUCCUCCAGUGUUCCCAGGAGAGCCAAGAAGGGCGUGAAGUCAUGCUGGAACCCUGCAGGCUGUGCCGUGUCCGCCCACGUGACGGCAACAUCAUUCACGGGCACACGGCGCACAUGCUCACCUGCUUUCCCUGUGCACGCAAGCUACACAAGUGCCACGCCCCUUGCCCUGGCUGUGGCCAGAUCAUCCAGAAAGUCAUCAAGACGUUUGUAGCCUGACAGCUUAAGAAAUGGUUUGU